CUAUAUAUAACUGGAGAAGACCGUGUGACUUCAUUGCACCAUCAACACUAUCCUAAACAACAGCACCACGCGUGAAGUACGAUCAGAAAUCGUUUCCCAGAAACGAUAAAGAGAGUGUCUGACGAGACUACUAGAAGAGGUGAGAACAUGGAGGAGACCUCGAUUAUUAUCAUUGAUAAACUGCGUCAGUUGCCUCCUGCUAAGCCAAAGAGUUAUAUAUUUAAGGUUCAUCACGAACUAUGUGCUGCGAAUAAAGAGGUGUACGAGCCUGUGUUGGUUUCGAUUGGACCAUACUAUCAUUAUAAACGCAAGAGUCAACUUCAAUAUAUGGAACAACAUGAGUUGCGCUGCCUAAACGAUCUGCUUACACGAAAGGAGGAGCAAGGAGUCGCAACCAGAUCUGACCAAAUAAGGAAGUAUCUUGGGGUUUUGGAAGGAUUGGAAGAUAAGGCUCGUGGUUACUAUGCGGAUCCCGUCGAUCUUAAGAAAAAUGACUUCCUAGAAAUGUUGUUACUGGAUGGCUGCUUUAUCAUUGAGCUGUUCCGUAAAGCUGAUUGGAGUCGUAAUGAAGAGGAAAGAGAAACGGACCCUCUCUUUGAAGCUGAUUGGGUAGCUGCGUCCUUAGGGAGGGAUUUAACGCUACUUGAAAAUCAAAUUCCAUUCAUUGUUCUGCUGGAACUUUAUUCUAUGAUUGGUGAUCGGCCUGACCCGCUCGACCUUAUUAAAAUGGCAGUGAGUUAUCUCCCAGUACCUGAUACAUUACCUUCAGGGAUAUUAAAUCGAGAGAAACUCAGCGAUAUUAAGCAUAUUUUGGAUCUUGUCCGCAAGUUGAUGUUGGUUGAGGAGAUCUUGGAAAUGAAAGAUAAAAGUGCCUCGACAGAAUCCACUUCUGGGAGUGUCAAAAAGUACAUUUUGGAUCUUGUCCGCAAGUUCAGGCUGGUUAAGGAGAUCUUGGAAAGGACAGAUGAAAGUGCCACUUCUGUUAGUAUCAAAAAGUACAAAUAUUCUGCCACAGAGCUGCGUGAAUUAGGAGUUAGAUUCAAGGGUGUGAAGAAAAGCAAGUUUUAUAAUAUCACAUUUGAAAAUGGGUUUUUAGAGAUUCCAGUCAUCCAAAUAGAAGAUGGUACAGAAGGGCUAUUUCGAAAUUUAAUCGCAUAUGAAGAACAUUAUGUCGGAGAAAAUAAAUAUGUAGGAGACUACAUGAGUUUCAUGGACGGUCUGGUAAAUAAACCAAAGGAUGUUGAGCUGCUUCGGCACCGCGGGAUAAUCGAAAGCUUCAUGGGUGAUGAUGAAGUUGUCGCUGCCAUGUUCAACAAUAUGUGUAAACAUAGGAUCCUGUCGAACUACUACUAAGUCUACUAUGCAGAAAUAGUUGACAAACUGACAAAGCAUUGCAGCAAGAGGCGACAUGUUUGGAUGGCGAAGUUAAGGAGAAAUCAUCUUAGCAGCCCAUGGACAAUCUUGUCAGUUCUAGCAGCAUUGAUCCUACUCAUCUUAACUAUCACACAAACUGUCUACACUGCUCUCUCAUUCUACAAUGCAAAUUAGGGAUC